AUUAUGUAAAAAUUAAGUAAAUAUUAUUAGUGUUAUUAAUGGUUAAUACUCUUUUUAACGUAUUUAAUUGUACUACUGGUGAAUUCCGUUAGAAAAAAAAACAAAUAGCUUGAAUGGAAAGAAACUAGUAAUAUACGAGUACAUAAUAAAAGCUUCUUCUCCUCUCUUUGUCAGGUGGAGACCAAUUUUAACUAACCAGUCGUGGAAAUCUUGGGGAUGUUAUUAAAGAGCCAACAAGCAAUUCGGAUUUUGAAUCGUUUUGAACAGUUUUUGGAUUUUAAUUUCAACUUCAUCGAUGUGGCAUCGUAAAUGAGACAUCAUAUGAAAUACAUUGAAUCACUUGUGAGAAUCAUUAUGACUGUGAACCAGGCAAAGCUUGUAUAGACUUUCAGUGUGAAGAUCCUUGCCUUGGCCUGUGCGGCCUUAACAACAUCUGUCAUGUAGUCGGUGAAGUCUCUAUGUGCUCUUGUAAACCGGGUUUUAUUGGCCAACCUUUCAAUGACUGCUUCCCUGAAGUUAACAAUUUUUCAGUAUGCACAAUGAACUCGGAUUGUCCAGAGGAGAAAAUUUGCAGUGACCACCUGUGUAAGGACGCAUGCAAGGACGCUUGUGGACUGAACAGUGUUUGUAAAACUGUCAAACAUCGUGCAAUCUGUUCCUGCAAUGCAGGAUAUGUCUGGAAACCGUUCUUAGGAUGCCAUGUUGAAAAGAUGAAGUGUACACGAGACUCGGACUGCUCAUCAAACAGCACUUGCAGUAAUGAUGAGUGUGUGGAUCCUUGCAUUGGCCUCUGCGGUAACAACACUGUCUGCAACGUUAUGAAUCAUCGUGCCGCUUGCGCUUGCAAGUCGGAAUUCAUUGGCGACCCGUUCCUGGAGUGUGUAGCUCAAAGUACAUCCAUUCCAGAAAAUAUUACAAAGAAGUAUAAAAUUGGAAAUGACCGGGUAACCUGGUUUACCGCUAUAGUGCGAUGCAACAAUGAGGGAAUGCGUCUUGCUUCCAUUAUGAACGAAUCAGAACAGGUCGAAAUGCAGAAGGCAAUUGCACCAUUCUCAG